AACAUUACCUGUCUAGCUUCAUUUACCUGAAUGUCGUGUUUUUAAAGAAUUAUAAUUUCUAAUAAGCGCACUUGUUGGUUUUAAGGUAAAGAAAUGUCUCCACCUGGCGGCGAACUGUAAAACUACAAGUAUAAACACGUUCAAUCCGGAGUCAGCUGAUCAAAACACGGAAGUGGAGAAGCAGUGAGUGGGGUGAGAAGAGCAGCAGGAGCAGCGGGAACUUCUUCUGUGGGUCUCUGAAGUUUUGAAGCUUUUUUUCUCUCGAUUCCACGAGACGACCUGGUUUCUGGUUUCUUUGUAUGUGACGAUGAUGACGGUGAAGGUGUUUCGCAGUCCGGCCCGUCACGGUUACGCAGUGGAAGUGUCUCCGUAUAUCCCCAGCAGAGUGGCCUGUGCUGCCUCACAGUACUACGGGAUAGCAGGCUGCGGCACACUGCUGGUCCUGGAUCAGACCGAGACCGGGCUCACCUUAGUGAGAAGCUGGGAGUGGAGUGACGGCCUGUUCGACGUGGCAUGGAGUGAAGCUAAUGAGCACGUUUUGGUGGCAGGCGGCGGCGAUGGCAGCCUCCAGCUGUGGGAUACAGCCAAUCACAGUGCUCCACUGAGGGUGGCCAAAGAACACACACAGGAGGUGUACACUGUGGACUGGAGUCAGACUCGAGGAGAAAGCCUGAUAGUUUCUGGAUCGUGGGAUCAAACGGUGAAAGUGUGGGACCCUGCUCUCAGUCCAUCGCUGACCACCCUCAGAGGUCAUGAAGGGGUCAUCUACAGCACCAUUUGGUCGCCUCACAUCCCAGGAUGCUUUGCGUCUGCCUCAGGUGACGGGACGCUCAGAAUUUGGGAUGUGAAGGGUGCGGUGUGCAGGUUGGCCAUCCCAGCGCACAAGGCAGAGAUCCUCAGCUGUGAUUGGUGCAAAUAUGACCAGAAUGUUGUGGCCACAGGUUCAGUGGAUUGUACUGUGUGUGUGUGGGACCUGAGGAACAUCCGGCAGCCUGUCAAUCAACUGCUGGGACACACGUACGCCAUCCGCAGACUCAAGUUUUCUCCCUUUGAUAAGACUGUGCUGGCGUCCUGCUCGUAUGACUUCACUGUCAGCUGAAAGCCCUGGGUACCAAAGAAUGAGUGUGAAAAAGUCCAAAUUCCCAGUGAGCCAGUACAUCAUGUGGAAGAACGAGCAUCUACUCUGGACAAAUCAACUCCGAGGUCGGCUUUAAGUUACAAAGAGGAAUCCAGGUGCCAGCGGUUAUUUCAGGGCUGGGGCGUGCAGCAUGUGCACGGUGUGGAUGACCUACACCUGCAGAGUAAUGAGUCUCCUCUCUGGGUCUUUAAGAUAACCUGUAAAGUUUUUGUCAUGCAAAUUUGAUUCUUUGAAAGGAACUUUCUUUCGAGGUUAAAGGAGCGGCGGUGUGAUGUGGCCUGCACAGUAUUUCUGCUCCUUUCCUUUCAGUUACUGCCAAAGGGAAUGGAUGGUGUCAUCAUGGCAGAAGCAACGAGUCAGGACACUGAGGGAUAAUUUGCGGUAAAGUUAACCAGUGUGUGAGAUGGAGGGACGGACACAGAGGAAGGAUGAGCUGCUCCUUUAUUGGGCCACAGAGGAUGAGUUAAUAAAAUGUGUAAUUUCAAGGGAGACUGCCUCUGUGCUUCUCAUGAGAAUAUAUCUGAUCCGUCCUCUCUGUCCACUCGGCUCUUUAAAACCACAGAGGAAUCGAUGUUGUUCUGCGUGUCUGUCAGGCUGUGCGGGCAGAUGAUGGAUAAACAGAUGCAGUUAGAUGGAUGAAAGGUGAGGUUGCCCUGUUGUCCGGCCUGGAGCAAGACGUUGUUUAACAGUGAUUAAUCAGUGAAAGGAAAACAAAUGAGGAAGCAGUCUGGCAGUCGAUGAGUCAUUUAAGCCACUCAGUAGUUAAAAAUGUGAUCAUUUUGGGCUUUUUUCUUCUCUAAUGUGAGGAAUGUGUUUGUUUUGGGGACUGUUGCUCCGACAAAAUAACUCAUUUGAAGAUGUUGCUUCAAGUUCUGAGAAAUUCUCAGAGGGGUUCCCAGAGCUGGCCGCAAUGUCUUUCGAACCAGGCGGAUCACUCUGCCCCAAGAUGACCACUUUAGGGUUACGCCCUCUCUGUGACAUCAUACAGCUUAACGGGACAGAAACAACUGGUUGACUUGAGUGUUUGGAGCAACCGGAAAGCUGAGGGAGUGUUUAGUUUGCAGGGAUGAUGUUUUAAGAAGAUCCAACGUUGUAACAGUGGAUGUACGAUGGAAAAUGAGUGACAGCGGGUCUCUGCUCAUGUUGCUCGAUGCAUCUCUGUGCUGCACACGCUUAAGAAACGAACAAAAAGCAUUCAAGCUCUAAGUUUAUCUUUAAUAAAGACAGGAUGUGAAGCUUGUAUGCUAAUUAUGCAGUUUUGGUUGAUAUGAAGUGUCCUUGAUUACAAUUAUCAUGAUGAGUGAAGUCUCAAGUUAUAAAUAAAACUUGGACAUAACGGCAUCCGCCUUUAAAAGUCUAAACGAUGUUUCAGAUAACACAUCUGUAACAAGGUUCAUUAUGUGGUAAUAAGCAGCUGGAGGUAACUAAGAAGCCACUAUCUGUACCUACAGCGUUUUCAUAUGAAAAAUAAAUACCAGAAUCCGUUCGGACCAAGUUUAGAUCGCUUUCAGUCUGGUUUGGCGCUUAAUUUUGUCCUUGGCACAAACUUUUCCUUCAUGUAGUCUCUCUCUGGUUCCUCUGCCUCUUCAGUUCUUUUAAUUUUUUUCUAGUCAGAAUCAGCUUUGACCAGAAUAAAUAAAUGAUGGAUACGCGACCAAGCGAGUUUUUCCUUCUCACUCUUUCUCUGUAUUAUCAUCUUUACAAUAUAAAGUACUGAUGGAGAAACAACGGAGGCAACAGUAGUUGUGAUUCGGUGGUAUAUAAAUAAAACUUGUAAACACAUUAUUUUGGAUUCUUCUGUUUCUUCGUGUGAUCCCAGUCCGAGUCCAUUAUGAUUAUCCAGUUGUAGAAUUGGUUUUGUGCUCUUGGUCUUGUUUUAGAUUGACUUUGUUCUUCUUGUGCUUCGCGUCGCCGCGAUCAGGGCUCUGUUUGGGUCAGAUCGUUGUUCUCGAGAAUUUCUUUACGUCUCUGUCUGAUUUUGAGUCUGAGUGUCUGCGUAAUAGAUAAAACAUGAAAGUAUUUAAAGUGCUUGUAUUGCACGGUAUAAUUUGAGUGUUGAAGUGCUGCUGCCUGUUUGUAUUCAGCAAACCUUCCUUGCAUAUACAAAGUGUUUUUCAGAAUUUAUUGUCCUAAAUCAUUUGUAUUCGUCACUUUUAUGCCAGAAAUCUUUCUCUGCAGCCUCGGGGCUUCAUUGUAAAGGACAGCAACAGUAAAAACCUUUGUUUGGUGCUUUCUUAGUGUUUCUGUGGAUUAUUACUGCAGAUGCUGACGAGCUCACAGCCGCAAGCAAAAAUCUGCUGGAAUCUGGCAGGUGUGUGUGUGUGUGUGUGUGUGUGUGUGUGUGUGUGU